UAGACGGACCGUUAAUACUGAUGCUCCAACUCAACCAUGAGCCGUUAGCUUCUGGAUAUUACUGGAAUUAUUUUGUUUAUCUUUACUCUUCAGUGGUUUAUUAGUAUACAUUGUAAUUUAUUUAACUAUGUAUAAAUCAUAUUCUCAUUAACUUAGAGAAGAAAAGAGCCACAACAAAAGGCCCAGUCCCAAACGGGUUCGUACUUCCGGUAUAAGUGCACUACAUAGGGGAUAAACUCACGGGUUGUAACGUUCAAGUAGUGCACUCUAUGUGGAAAAGGGAGUUGUUUGGGACACCACUAUGGUUUACACUUUUGCUCGAUAGUUAGGAUAAGUUUAAUACAGGAUGCUGAUUUUUGUUUUUUUCGCAGUUAAUUUUGGAUCAGAAAAAAUGAAGGAGUAAGUACUGUGCUCAAAGAAGAGCAGAAUACAUCUGGAAAGCGAAGCUCGGCUAAAGCAGAAGGACGACGGGAAAGAGAAAUUGCUCCCUCCGCACCCCAAGGCACUAUGGAUCCUCUCGCGGCGCGUCCAGGACACGCUGCGGAUUCAGAAACCAGCUCGGGUUUCGCUUUCAACUUCCAGAUCCCUGCAGAAACGGAGCAGAAGAGUGAUCCGAAACUGAACACGGGGACGAGCGAAGCGGCUCAAGGCUCAAGCGUGGAUUCAAAACCGAAAGCCAAGAAGAAGCAGCAGAAGAAGAAGACGAAGAAAUCGGGAGCAGGUGGAGGAGAGGAAGCUGUACCGGAGAACUUGAAUAAACUGAGAGAGGAAGCGCCCACGCAGGACACCACCGAACUGACUCCAGAGCAGCAGCUAAGUCGAGAGCUGGACUGGUGUAUUGAGCAGCUCGAGUUGGGACUGAGGACUCAAAAAUCCUCCACCAAACAAAAAGAGGAAGCCUCUCGUGCUCUAAAGACUCUGCGCAGCUCUAAAGCACCGCUGGUGAAGAAGAGGCAGGUGAUGAGAGCCGUGUCCGGAGAUUACCGCAAAAAGAUGGAGGAGGACAGAGACAGACAGUACAAACUGAUCCGCUCAGCGAUGUCCUCAGCGAAGGUGACGCGCGUGUCAGAGCCUCGUUGUAGAGCGGUGUGCCACCGGCGCACUGACACUCGCAAACCUCCAGCACACAGCACGGACACGAGCGAGACUUCACUUCCUGCUGAGCAGACAGACCGAGUCGGGGACGGAUUCGUGUUCAGACCUUCAGGAGAGGAGUUUCGCUUCAACUUCAACCUCUGAUCGUCCUGUCUGGGAGGAGACGACAAACACGCCGUGCGACUUUAUAAACAUGUAUUUUUAUAAAAUGACCUGUGUCAUUCUGACAUUGUUCAAUAAAGAGUCAAAAUCC